GGUCAAUCCUUGGUCUUAGAUCUAGAUCAAGAGAUAUGGUUGGAAGCACAUUCGCGAAAAUACUCGACAAACAUUGCCUAGAGGGGCACAAUUUCCCAUCAUGGUAUCGUAAUGUCAAGAUUCUCCUAACGUUGGAGAAGAUUAUUUACGUACUUGAUAAGCCUCUUCCUGACAUACCUCUUGGCCCUGAGGCCACAGAGGAUGAACGUGCUAAGUAUGACAAGCACGUUGAGGAUGAUACACAAGCCAAGUGCUAUCUGUUGGCCUCCAUGAAUGAGGAGCUACAGAGACAGCACGAGGGCAUGGACAGUGCAUUUUCCAUAAUACUCCAUCUUACGGAGUUAUAUGGUGAAGGGACGCGCAACCGUCGCUUUAACACUGUUUGUGAACUUGUGAAGACCAAGAUGGUCAAAGGGGCUCCAGGUUAUCACUUAAAACACAAUAAUCAAAGUCACUCUUGA